AUGGCGGAGGGGAACUACAACAUGGAAUCAGAAGGCUACAGUGUUGAAGAUAUGGAUGAGGGUAGCGAGGGAGUCGGGGAGGAAGAGAUGGUUGAAGGAAAUGACUAUGAAGAAUUUGGUGCUUUUGGUGGUUACGGCACCCUCACAAGUUUUGACAUCCGUAUCCUCAGAGCCUGUGGUAGCUUGAGUCCAGGCUUUCGCAUCUUGUCGAAUGAGCCUUGGGAACUGGAAAAUCCUGCACUGGCCCAGACCCUGAUGGAGGCAUUGCAGCUGGAUCCAGAAACACUUGCCAAUGAGGCAGCUGAACGAGCUACCAAUGUAGCCCGUGCUGCCACUUCCAACCGGGCAGCUCGGGCCGCUGCGGCUGCUGCCCGUAUCAUCUCUAACAAUCGGGCAGCCACUAACCACCCAGUUGCCACAGAGACAGUCACCCCUGAGACAGCCCCUGCUUUUCCACAGACCUCAUGGAUGCUAGUCAACAGUGAGAUGACUGUCUGUGGGGCUCCAGCAAUCUCCUCACAGCCACAGACAGUCUCCCAGGUCCAGGAGACUGCUACUGAGGGCCCUAGUAGUCCCAGUGCUUGCUCUCAAGCUCCAUGUGCCAGUGAGCUGGAUACCACCUGGACCAAGACAGACUUCCUGGGUCACAAUGAUGUCUUUGAUUUCACCCAACCAGCAGGUAUCAAUGGCAUGGCCUUCCCAGGGCCCAGGAGACCCACCCUGCCCCAAGAGGAUUCUACAGAGGGCCCCACUGCUGCCUCUGGUGUGCUCCAGACAGCAUCUCUCACGGAGAUGACAGCCACCCAGGCCCAAACAAGCAAGUCUGGGAAGGUUUUUGCCAAAACUCGAUGGGUGGAACCUCAGAAUGUUGUGGCAGCAGCUCCUGCCAAGGCCAUGAUGUCCACAAGUAUCCCUGAGCCUGAGGGUGCAGCUGCAACUGCUCAGCACAAUACUGAGCCCUGGGUCAGGAAAGGAGGCAAGAGGACAAAGAAGUCCAAGCACCUGGAUGAUGAAUAUGAGACCAGUGAGGAGGAGAGAGAGCUCUCUACAGCGCCACCAAACUGGAGAACAUCACAGCCCCCAUUGACAGGACAAACUCACAUGACCCCUCGGACCCCAGUGACCUUGAGGUCCCAGACACCCUCAAGGCAUGUAUUGUGCUUGCCACCGCGCAAUGUGACUCUUCUGCAAGAGAGGGCAAAUAAGUUGGUGAAGUACCUGAUGAUUAAGGACUACAAGAAGAUUCCCAUGAAGCGCUCAGACAUGCUGAAGGAUGUCAUCCGAGAAUAUGAUGAACACUUCCCAGAAAUCAUUGAACGAGCAACAUACACUCUGGAAAAGAAGUUUGGGAUCCACCUGAAGGAAAUUGACAAAGAAGAACACCUCUAUAUUCUUGUCUGCACACGAGACUCUUCAGCUCGCAUCCUUGGAAAGACCAAGGACACUCCCAGGUUGAGUCUCCUCUUGGUGAUUCUGGGCAUCAUCUUCAUGCAUGGCAACCAUGCCAGUGAGGCUGUCCUCUGGGAAGCACUACGCAAGAUGGGACUGCGCCCUGGGGUGAGGCACCCAUUCCUUGGCGAUUUGAGGAAGCUCCUUACAGAUGACUUUGUAAAGCAGAAGUACCUGGAAUACAGAAAGAUCCCAAAUAGCAGCCCACCUGAGUAUGAAUUCCUCUGGGGCCUGAGAGCCUGCCACGAGACCAGCAAGAUGAGGGUCCUGCAAUUCAUCGCCCAGAAUCAGAACCGAGACCCCCAGGAAUGGAAGGCUCAUUUCUUGGAGGCUGUGGAUGAUGCUUUCAAAACUAUGGAUGUGGAUAUGGCUGAGGAACAUGCCAGGGCACAGAUGAGGGCACAGAUGAAUAUUGGGGAUGAAGCUCUGAUUGGACGGUGGAGCUGGGAUGACAUACAGGCAGAGCUCCUGACCUGGGAUGAAGAUGGAGAUUUUGGUGAUGCCUGGGCCAGGACACCAUUUGCUUUCUGGGCCAGAUACCAUCAAUACAUUCUGAAUAGCAACCAUGGCAACAGGAGAGACACAUGGAGAGCUGGUGUCAGCAGUGGCACCAAUGGUAGGGCCAGCACCAGCAUCCUAGAUGGCCCUAGCACCAGCUCUACCAUCCGGACCAGAAAUGCUGCCAGAGCUGGCGCCAACUUCUUCUCCUGGAUCCAGUAA